AGGAUGAGAGAGAAGAUAGUGUAAGAGAGAGAGAGAGAGGAAUACUGGAGUUGGAGGAGGAGGAGGGCUAUCUCCAUUCAUGAUGAUUCCUCUCGUGACUACUUCACAUCAUAGCAAUCAUCAUCAACAACAGCAACAGCAUCAACAUCAACAAUAUCCAGACUCAAAUACCCUAUUCUUCCCUCUCCCUUUCACCAACAAUAAUCAACAGAUCAGUUACUUCAUGGAGAACAACGACAUCAUCAACAGUGACACUGAUUCUUCUGUGAAGGCUAAGAUUAUGGCUCAUCCCCACUACCACCGCCUCUUGAACGCAUAUAUCAAUUGUCAAAAGGUUGGAGCACCACCUGAAGUAGUGGCAAGAUUGGAAGAGGCAUGUGCAUCUGCGGCGGCAAUAGAUCCGGCGGUUAUGGGAUGUAUCGGUGAAGAUCCGGCUCUUGAUCAGUUCAUGGAGGCAUAUUGUGAGAUGCUGACCAAGUAUGAGCAAGAACUCACUAAACCCUUCAUGGAAGCCAUGCUUUUCCUUCAAAGCGUUGAGUGCCAAUUUAAAGGUCUCUCAGUUUCCUCUUCUACUUCUGGCGCUGCUUCUGGGGAAGCUCUUGAGAGGAAUGGAACUUCCGAAGAAGAGGUCGAUGUGAACAACAGCUUCACAGAUGCCCAAGCAGACGAUCAUGAACUGAAAGGCCAGCUUUUGCGGAGGUACAGUGGAUAUUUAGGCAGUCUAAAGCAGGAGUUUACGAAGAAAAGGAAGAAAGGGAAGCUGCCCAAAGAAGCCAGGCAACAAUUGCUGGAUUGGUGGAGCAGACAUGACAGAUGGCCGUAUCCAUCCGAGUCACAGAAGCUAGUCCUAGCGGAGUCGACGGGUCUGGAUCAGAAGCAAAUAAACAACUGGUUUAUUAACCAAAGGAAACGUCACUGGAAGCCUUCGGAGGAUAUGCAGUAUAUGGUGAUGGAUGCAACCCAUCCUUACUAUAAUUACAUGGACAAUGUUUUAGGCAACCCAUUUUCCAUGGACUUCUCUGCUUCCUCUCUACUUUGAACAUCAAUGUUUGUACUUCCUAUAUAAAGUAUGUAUGCUACUCUGCCUUUGUAGAUCUCCGUAUGUAUUAUUUGACGACUGUGUCUGUGUGGGAUGUUGUCAUUUAUAUUCAAUUGUACCCAAUGUCGAGGCUAUGUCUA